AUGAAAACUUUCAUUGGCUUUACAUUGUUGUAUUUGAUAUUGGCUAAGUAUUUAUGCAUUUAACAUCAUAGCUAAGGAAUUCAAUCAAUUUAGGCAGAUAAAUUACAUCCCAUCUCUAAGAUCAUACUCGGAUUGUCGGAAGUAUAAGCUAAGGAUUUCAAUUUCUCAUAAUUAUUUGUUGCUUUAGAUGAAUUGGCAGAAUCUUUCUAAACUAGAAUUAAUGAGGAGAAUUCUUCUUAUGAACUUGAUUAGCAAUCAUACUUUUCGGAUGUCUAAUUCUAUGAGAAUUAAAUUAAUGACUUUAAGAACAAAGUUUAUUUUAAUCAUUAACCCAUAGAUUGCACAAUUGGAAAUUGAAAUCAAAGAAUUAGGGGAUGAGGGAUUACGAUUAUAAGCAUAUUUAACUGAAGCUAAUCAGGAUCUAAGUGAUGCAAUUAAAUUAUUGGCCUAAAAGGAAUAAUAAAUCAACUCAGAUAAUUCUGUGUUUGAAUAGUAAAAUUAAGAAUAUGCCGAUACAAUCAAUGUUCUAGAUUAAGCCAUUGCUUUACUAAAUGAAAUCAAAGAUGAGACUUCAUUAAUCUAAAAAAAAGAACAUAUCAAGGAGGUAUCCUAAAAUAUGCAUAAAAGGUAUUAACUUACAUAUUACAACACUUAGUAUGAAAAAAUUAUCAGCAAAAAGAGUAUUCUAUCAACCUUUAGUAAAUGUACUUACAUAAUUAUCUUAAAACAACUACGUAGAUUAGGAGAAUCUUAAUAAAGUCAUCGGUUUUAUGAAUUAACUUAGGUAAAAUCUGAUUGAUGCUUAAACAUCCUUAUAAAAUCAACAUGAAGCAUAAUCUAAAUUACAAUAAGAUAUACUAUCAGAAACCUAAGCUAAAGUCAGUGGAAUUUAAGAUGUUCUGAUUCCAUUAUUAGGAACUGAAAUCUCAACCAAGCAAUCUGAAAUUAGAGCAUUAAGUGCUAUAUUAUAAGAUGCAUAAAGUAAUUUAUCUGAUGCUUAAGAAAACCUUGUUGCAACUUAAAAUAGAUGGAUUGAAAAGUAUUUUAUUGUUAUUUAAAAUUUAUUAGAACUGCAACACAUAACAAUUUAUUGUAACAAUACAAUAAUGAAUUAUUAGCAAUUAAAGACGCUGAAAAUGCAUUAAAGAAAGGUGGUAUUUUUAGAUAAUGA